GCCAUAAUUCCGAACCUCAGCCUCGUCAAAUCCGAGCCACUUCUCCGUGCAUACAAACUUCCAAAUUCCAAACCUGUUUUCUAUUUGCCUAACAUAAACGAAAUCUGCUCUGUUUGCUUCUCACUACACUAACAAGAUCCAAGGAACAAUGAAAUUCUAGCUUCUAUCUAAGGUUUUCCGAUCCAUAAGCAAUAUAGAUUGACGUACAAAUCUCUGUCUUCCCGGCCCGCUUCGCACAACCUAAAUGCUCCAGCUGCUUGAAUGAAUUAAUGUUUUAUUAGAGAGUUUUUUCUUCUGCCCAACUUGAGCUUUCGUUCACCGUAAAUAGCAGACGAGGCUCUAAAGUUGAUCUCCUGUAAGCGGAUUAAGAUUUGUUCGUUUCUCUUUAUCCACGAAGCGGUUUUUCUCCAUUCCGGUUUGUUCAAGAAGCUGAGGUUUGGUGUUUGGAUCUUAUUCCAGGAGCUUUCUGAUGCCAUUUGUCAGCGGUUUUAAAGGGGUUUAGACCUUGUCACGCGAUGCAUUCAGGACAGUCGAAAGAACGGAGAGAAGGUAUUCAAGAUUAAUUUAUCGAAAUGAUUUCUUCAUAUAUUUCCUCUCUCUUUCUAUCUCGUGUUGAGUUCGAUCCGGAGGCGUUUGAAGCUUCUUCUGGUCUCGUGAGCGUUCAGACCCUGGAAAUUGGAAAGAUACAAGUAUUUGACUGUUUGUAAUGUUUCAUAAAAGAAAAGGAGAAAGAGUUAGGAAAGGAACUUACCGUGACACCGAAAACUUAACGUCUGUUAGGCAUGGUUCGAAAUUAAUGCAGCGGACCGUUUGGACGUGCAGAUAAGGAAAGCCUUCAAUGCACCAGAGACGACUGGUUAUUUAGUGUGAAACAGAGUGUGAGAGUGGGCUUACGUUUGGAGCAUUAACCUACCCCGUGUAUGUUAGGAGGGUCCCAGAAGUUGAUAAUAUAGCUGCAGUGGAUGAAACUCUGAACUAGUUGAUCCGGAGCAUCUUAUUUGAGUUAUUGACGUGAUGAUGGAGGUUUCGGAGAAGCCCUCGGCGUCUGCCCGAGACUUGGAUCCUUUGUUGAAGGAUCUCGACGAGAAGAGACAGAGUUUCAGAAGGAACGUUGUUUCAUUGGCUACCGAGUUGAAGGAUGCACGCAGUCAGCUUGCUUUGCAGGAAGAAUCAUUCGCACAAGAAAUCCUAUCGAGACGGGUAGCAGAGACGAGGGCAAAGAGUAUGGAAGAGGAGGUACUUCAGUUGCAGAAAAGCUUGGAAGAGAGGGACGUGCAGCUGCUGGCAUCGGCGUCCACUGAACAGCAGUAUCUCAAGGAGUUGGAUGAACUAAGGUUGCAGAUAUCAAUCACUCAAGAGACUGCAGAUGCAAGUGCUGCAUCCGCCCAAUCAGCCCAACUGCAGUGUUUAGCCCUGUUAAAAGAAUUAGAUGUCAAAAAUAGUUCAUUAAAAGAGCAUGAAGAGCGUGUCAAUAGGCUAGGACAACAAUUAGAUAAUCUGCAGAAGGACCUUCAAGCACGGGAGGCUUCUCAAAUGCAGCUGAAAGAUGAAAUUUUGAGAAUUGAGGAAGAAAUCAUGCAAGCAAUCUCCAAGGCUGGAGCAAACAAGAACUGUGAACUGAGAAAAAUAUUAGAUGAGGUUUCUCCAAAGAACUUUGAGAAGAUUAAUAAGCUCUUGGAUGCAAAGGAUCAAGAGAUAUCAAGACUCAGAGAUGAAAUCAGGAUUAUGUCUGCACAUUGGAAACUGAAAACCAAGGAACUUGAGUCACAGUUGGAGAAACAACGAAAAGUUGAUCAAGAAUUGAAGAAGAGGGUACUUAAGUUAGAGUUCUGUCUUCAGGAAGCUCGUUCCCAGACACGGAAGCUCCAAAGGAUGGGAGAAAGGAGAGACAAAGCUCUAAAAGAACUAAGAGAUCAGUUGGCUACAAAGCAACAAGGUGUGAGCAUUGACAAACAGAACUUCUGGGAGAGCUCUGGCUUCAAGGUUGUUGUUUCAAUGUCAAUGCUGAUCCUAGUGGUUUUUGCAAAACGAUGAUAGUUAGAAGGCAUUAGGCCCACUUUCGCAUGAAUAGUCAGUCUAUAGGUGAGAAAACCUUGGCUGUUUCGAAAAACAGACUGAGCUGUUUGGAGCUUCCUGCGCAUGGGACGUACCCCACUCAAUUCCUUGUAUCUUUGGCUACAAGAAUAUUAAUUGCAAAACCCAUGGUAACUUGUCAUGCGCUGGAAUUUUUCUUUUAUACCCUCAGGUUUCAGCGCAAAGCUCCAAUUAUUUUCGUGAUGGAUGUGCAACUGUAAAUGAAUAUUUAUCGAGUGGAACAAAUUCCAUUGUAGAAGCUAAACUUUUGUUAACAAAUGCAAUAUUAUUACUAUUAGAUUUCUAAGAA